AUGCAGAUAAGGGCGCAACAGCAAGUCCAGACGCACACACAGUAUUGCAAGUACCAGCCCCGCCGGGCAGCCGCCAGCGUAGCGCAUGAAGCCGACGGUGCAGGCGCCGUCGACGAUGAGGGAGCUGUCCAGGUGGCCAUCAGCCCAAAGGUGCCGCGCGUGUCCCACACGGCUCAGCAGCCUGAUCUGAAACCCAUGACCACCUGGUGCAAGAUCCUAGACAACAUACCGACAACCCCGGAAGGCAUUGGCGGCACCUACCAGCGCUGUGCCAGGCGUAACAAGACACAAAUUACAAGUUCCGCACGCACGUGCGGGGGGUUCGUGGCCAUGGCAGGCUGA